GUGGGCAUGAUCCCAGCUUCCAAGAUGGCCGAAGGCAGAGUGGACAAUCCCCAGGACAAGGUGAAGGUCGGGGAUGGCGUGAAGGUGUUUGUAGUGGAGGUUGAUAGGAAGGAGAACAUUCGCGAGAGUAGGCUGGUCCUGGCCAUGCACAAGAACAAGAUUUUCGAUCGAAGAAGUUUCGGGGAGGAGCCGGAUAUGGAGAAGCUCAAG